CCUAAAAUCUGUAGCUCAUACCGGAGGAACGACAGCACCCCCCUGCAUGACCCUUCCCCUCCGACUUUUCUCUCGUCAUCUCUGUAAAUACGCCCCUAGAAGCUCCAAAAUAAAUCAUUGGCUAUCUACUUCAUUCUCUCAACAAAACCGAUCAUUCACCAUGUCCGUCUCCCAACGUGCGCUCGCCAUCGACACCUCACCUCCACCUGCGCGAUGGAUGAAAGAAACGCUCGACCGUUCCGCUUUUCAUCGCACGAUCCCUGUUCUCGCUGCGCGCGUCGCCCCCGCGAAGGCCGGUAUCCUCCUCAAGGCUGAUGUGAUGAGACGGACGAUUAUGAACUUGCCGAAAGUAAGAACUGUGUUAUCUGACCCGGAAGACCCGAAGGGGAGUAGGCUUCUGUUAUUCAGAGUUCAGCAGGAAGCUGAUUUAUCGGAGGAAGCGAGAGCGUUUUUGAGUCAGCAAGAGGCGAUUCUGACGAGCCAUGAGCUUCAGCUUGAUUAUGAUUAUUGGACGGCAGACGAGAUUCUGCAGGCUGUUCUCCCAGAAGAGCUGUUGGAAGGCUCUCCUACAGGAUUCGCGAUCACGGGCCACCUUGCUCACAUGAAUCUCAAUGCCGAGUACCUACCGUACAAACACAUCAUCGGUCAGGUUGUUCUCGAUAAAAACAAAAGGCUUCGAACUGUGGUCAACAAGCUAGACUCCAUCGACACGAAGUUCCGUUUCUUCAAGAUGGAGCUGAUCGCUGGUGAACCCGACUUUAUCGUGGAACAUCACGAAUCCGAUUGCCGCUUUACAUUCGAUUUCUCGCAAGUAUAUUGGAACUCGCGAUUGCACACAGAACACGAGCGACUCGUACAGUUAUUCCAGCCCUCAGAUGUUGUUGCGGACGUCUUUGCUGGUGUAGGGCCGUUUGCCGUUCCUGCUGGGAAGAAAGGUUGUGCAGUUCUGGCGAACGACCUGAACCCAAACAGCUAUAAGUACCUGGAGCAAAAUAUUCACGAUAACAAGGUUGCUGAACUUGUACGAGCGUCCUGCGAGGAUGGCAAGGACUUCAUUAGAUCAUCUGUCCUGACGGCCUUGGAGAACCCCUUUCCUGCUUAUGCUGGACCAAAACUUACAAAAGCACAAUUGAAAGAAAAGCGUCGGAAGCAGGGCCAGCCGGAGGAUUCGGCGGUACCUACGCAACCAGAAGACCCCUCACCGCCAUUUCUACCACCCCGUAACCGUAUUGCGCAUUUUGUUAUGAAUCUUCCGGACUCUGCUAUCACUUUCCUCGGUGCCUUCAAAGGUCUGUUAGCCAGCGGCAAGCUACGUGAGGUAUAUGAAGGCGGAAUGCCGGUGGUCCAUUGUCACUGCUUCACGAGGGAGCUGGAGUUAGAGGUUGCUGAGAAAGAUAUCCGACAGCGUGUGGCGGCAGAGCUUGGGUAUGAACUGCAGGAAGAGGAUGAAGUAUCUUUGCACUUGGUACGAUCUGUAGCACCGAACAAGGACAUGUACUGUAUCAGCUUCAGACUGCCUCGCCAAGUCGCUUUUCUCGAUGCGCAAUGAACAGAAAAG